AUAUUUGGAGUUAGCAGAACUCAAGUUUACAUUUAAACAUAAAACCAAAAAUUUGUUAUAAAUUAUUAUAUCUUAUUAUUCUAUUGCUGCCAAUAUGUCAUUUACAAAUGCGGAUGAGCAUGUGCGGGAGAAUCCAAAGUCGUCAUUGAAAAUGCCAUCGACUGCACACUCAACUCCCGAAACCAUUGGCGAUGCACCGCGUUCUCUGGCAGCCUGUCACAAGCCACGGCCGGAUACCAACUCGAUGACGGUUCGGCAGUAUUUGGAUCUGACUGUGGCACCUAUUCUACUGCACGGACUACAGGCUGUGGCACGUGAGAGACCCACGGAUCCUGUCUCCUAUUUGGCCACCUAUUUGUUAAAGAACAAGAAUCGAUGCGAUGAGAUCAAUACUGAAGCUUUGUAAUCACUCAUCAAAUUUGCAACACAGCCACGCCCCCUCAGAAGCACAAUUAGUUUCAAUAGUUUUUUUUUUUUGCUGACAAACGCCGUAAUUCGCUGACUAUUGACUAUUGCACUAUUGAAUUGAACACUUUUGUUAGAGCUGACACAUCGUACAUAGAUACACACUUGUACUCUUCUCACACUUACCAAAUGUAUACACUUGAGCCACAUGUCUUGAAGCUUUUCCUGUGAUUGGACUACAACAAUUCAAACACUUUGUUGUAAAUUAAAUAAUAAUUUGCUGCUGUAUUUUCACGGCUGUCGCACAAUACAAAUACAAAUACAAAUUUGUACUCAAA